UAUUUUGUAAACUAGGAGCUUUCCGUAGAUAAAACAGGACACGUCGUCUACUUUAAAAAUAUGACGUAGGUGGCCAACCUUUUAUUGCAUUCUUAUUGUACCGUACUCUCAGGUUAGGUUAGUACCAGCACCGAAAUUUUAGCAUUAGAUUGUUGGAAGUUUGUGAAAAGUGUUAGGACGUGUCCUGUACUCCGUGAAACUAGCUUUCCGCAGAUAAAACAGAAAGUCUGCUUAAAGAAUUCGACGUUAGUAGCUAACGUUUUGUUGCAUUCUUAUAAUACGGUAUUCUCAGGUUAGACACGCGGCGCGAUCAUGCUCCCGGGCGUAGCGUUAUUGUCGUUGGCGAUGACCUUCGCGAGCGCAGAGAGCAUCUUAACGACCGAGGUGUUCGUCAUUCCCAUAAGACCGGAGACUUUCGACUGGAGCAGCGGCGACGGACGAUCCGAUCAGUUUUCGUAUCAACCUUCGCUACUCAACGCCCCCGACCUUCCAUCAUGGAUACACUACACGUACAGCAAACGAGACCAUCGUGGAUUUUUGUACGGGGUCGCGCCCAAGGAUCAGAAAUACUUUCAGCUGGAGAUAGUGGGCCUGAACAAGCACACCUACGAAACGAGGCACAAGGUCCUCGACAUGAACGUCCUCGAGAAGGAGAACUUGACCAAAUUCGAGGUGCAUCUGAAGAUCGAUAACUUGAACGUGGAGGACAUGUUCGACCGUAACAGAACCGAGAGGCUUCUCGAUAUAUUUAGGAAGAAGCUGUGGAAAGACGCGAGGGAUCUGUACGUGACCUUCCUCGCCUCCGCCAUCGAGCUCGGUGCACGUUUGCCCCUAAAACCGAGCGAGGGCGAAGGAGUCGUUAUGAGGCUAGGCAGUUCGAUGCCAUUCUCUCAGGAGCUGAACGAACUGCAAAAAGAGGUGAAGCCCCUGUGGAAGUUGCCCUCGUGCCCCCGGGAUUUCAAGCGUACCAGCGUGGAGAGGCUCUUCAGAGAAGCGGAAUUUGCCCUGGAUUGGUGUUCCUUCAGAUUGGUGGAGAAGGAGCAGCACAGCUUGCAGCACGAAAGCUGGGCGAGCCAAGGACCGAGCGUGAACGCGAUGGAUUUGCCCGGCUCGGGGAUCUCCGAGCACACGGAGUGGCGGUGGGCCAGGUCGACCAAAGCCAGCGUUCCCACGCGGAGCUAUUUCAACGAGAUCGUUACCACGAUCUUCGUGCCCACGAUAUUGCUUCUCGUGCUGGCCGCGUUGCUCAGCACCGUGCUGUGCCUGAACCACGAGAAAAUGAACGAUCCCGAGUCCGAAGAGUAUUUCGACGAGUUGUUUAACAUUUUUCUCGACGAUAGACAAGUGACCAGCGAAAAGAGAGAGAGCACGCCAGGGGAAGGAGUUAGCAACAAUAACAUACAAAUGGUCCAAUACGCCGCCAGUGAAAGAGGAACACUGAAGUCGCUCUCGGCGCGACCUUCCAGCCCCAACGAUUCUUUGUCACGAAGUCCCAGGAUAUCCAACGAACGUUGCAAUCCGUACAUUCGACCGAAUCCGCCGCCGUACUCAGGACCAAGCAACCUGGCCGGGGUUCGAGCCGAUUUCUGACUACACGAGGAGCCAGCAAAGACGUGGUUUUGCUGAACGAAUAACCUUUUCUGUCGCAACUACCGAGGGGAAUCGCAAAAUCGUCGAAACUGGCUCCGGGUCGUCCAUUUCUACAGGAUCAGUACUCGUAAUAAACAAUUUUUACAAUUGUGAGAAACACGACGCUUGAUGUUACGUAGAUCGUGCAACAAAUAGUCUUACACGCCGUGCAAUACUCAACGACAAAAAUGGGGAUCUCGCGUUCAAUGCAGCAAGCUGGCAUUUGAAUUUUGUAAACUAUCUGUUUGUUACAAAGCAUUGUAUAUAUCAUUCAGAAUUCAUCUGCAUUGCUAUCGUACUCUUGCGUUACGAAUUCUCGAGCCUGCCGCCAUUUUUCCAUCUAACGCGAACGAGAAUAUGUACACUCAUAUUUUAUUUUGUUUACUCUCAAAUUUCCUUUAACGGAAUGUACAAAGCUACCCACAGACUAUACAAAUUAUAGAUAUACAGUAAUUAUGCGGAAUAAUAGUAAUAAUAUAUCUAUGUAACGGUAAACGAUAUUUAUGCGUGUGUAAAUUAUAUAAUUAUACGUAUAAUAUGCAUGCAACU